AUGUGGCUGCCAUGCGGAUGCACUUCAAAGUAUCUCUUUACUUCACUCAGUCGACGGAUCGUCAAGUAUUAUCAUGAUUUCUCGGGUAAAAGCUCGAAUGUCUUGGCGUGUAUGCCGGAGGCAGCUUCAUUUGAAGGGGUGUGGGAUCACUCGGGGCUCUAUGAGUUCUCCGUGGGUCACACCGACAGCUUCUGGGGCGCAGCGGCGCGCCACCGGCUCACCUGGAUCAGUCCCUUCCGCAGCGUGCAGGACUGCGACCUGCGGCGCGGCACAAUCAGAUGGUUUGAGGGCGGAAAGCUGAACGUGUCCGUGAACUGCCUAGACCGUCAUGUGCACACCUUUCCGGACAGAGUGGCCUUGAUCUGGGAGAGGGAUGAACCAGGGACAGAGGUCAAGGUCACCUACAGGCAGUUACUGGAGGCAACAUGCCGUCUGGGAAACCUGUUAAGGCGUCACGGUGUGAACAGGGGCGACUGUGUCACCAUCUACAUGCCUCCUUGCCCUGCAGCCGUGGUCUCCAUGUUGGCCUGCGCCCGCAUCGGUGCGGCACACAGCGUGGUGUUCGCAGGGUUCAGUGCGGAGGCCCUUGCAGAUCGCAUCAGAGACGCACAGUCCAGAAUAGUCAUUACAGUCAACCAAGGUGUAAGAGGAGGUAAGGUCACAGAGCUGAAGCAGACGGUGGAUUUGGCCAUCCAGAGCUGCCCCUCAGUACAGAAGGUGUUCGUUGCUAUGAGAACGGAGAGUCCAGUCGUCAUGACAGCCAGGGACAUCGCUAUGGAGGAGGAGAUGCAGACGGAGGACGUGGUGUGUGAGCCAGCUGCCAUGGACAGUGAGGAUGUCUUGUUCCUGCUUUAUACAUCAGGCAGCACAGGGAAGCCCAAAGGACUGGUCCACACGCAGGCUGGAUACCUGCUUUAUGCCUCACUCACUCACAGGUGCGUCUUUAACUACCACGAUGAAGAUGUGUUUGGCUGUGUGGCUGACAUUGGCUGGAUAACAGGACACAGUUACAGUGUGUAUGGCCCACUGGCCAACGGGGGAACCACUGUCCUGUUUGAGAGCACUCCUAUUUACCCUGACCCAGGAAGGUACUGGGAGAUGGUUCAGAGGCUUAAGAUCAACCAGUUUUAUGGGGCGCCUACAGCAAUCCGCCUGCUGCUCAAGUACGGAGAUCACUGGGUGCACAAAUACGACCGCUCCACGCUCAAAACUCUGGGCUCUGUGGGCGAGCCCAUCAACACUGAGGCAUGGGAGUGGUACCACCGGGUGGUUGGGGACGGACGCUGCCCUGUAGUGGACACCUGGUGGCAAACAGAGACAGGUGGCAUCUGCAUCGCCCCAAGGCCAUCAGCCCCCAAUGCAGAGAUUGUCCCGGGAAUGGCUAUGAGACCCUUCUUUGGGAUCAGGCCGGUGCUCAUGGACAGUGAGGGCAAGGUGCUGACUUCCAACAACACCUCUGGAGCUCUGUGUAUAGCUCAGCCUUGGCCUGGUAUGGCCCGCACCAUCCACAACAACCACCAGAGAUUCAUUGAAACCUACUGCCAGCCUUAUCCUGGUUACUUCUUCACUGGUGAUGGCGCUUAUCGCUCCAAGGAGGGGUACUACCAGAUCAUUGGUCGCCUUGAUGAUGUCAUCAAUGUGAGCGGUCAUAGGAUUGGGACUGCGGAGCUUGAGGAUGUACUGAACCAAAGCCCCAUGGUGGCUGAGUCUGCUGUCAUUGGCUACUCACAUGAGGUCAAAGGACAAGCUGUGUAUGCCUUUGUGGUGCUAAAGAAGGAAGUGGAUGUCCAAGAGGCUGACCUGGUGCGGCAGCUGAAGGACAUGGUGUCCAAAAACAUCGCCAAGUACGCCUGUCCAGACUUCAUUCAGUGUGUCCAGCGUCUACCAAAGACACGCUCAGGCAAGAUAAUGCGUCGGGUGCUGCGGAAGGUGGUGGAGCGCGACUUGGACGGGCUCGGUGACCUCAGCACACUGGACAACCCCGCAGCUGUUCAGGAGGUCAUCCAAGGUCACCGUGACCUCUGUGGUGAAGAGCAACAACGAUGAUGAAGCUUUGGAAACUGAGCAGUUUCACAGAUGGCAAGCAGGAAGCGGUCUAGAUUUUUGUCUUAUCAAAUGUACUGCAGGACAUUCAUCAACUUUUUUAUUUUACAAGUUAAAUUUUGUGGACUCAGACAAAAAGUAAAUAAUUUAUCCCUGUUUCAGUCACUUUCAGUCACAAGGAAUGUGAUGUUUUAUUGAGUCAUUCAGUAAAAAAAAAAAAAAAAAAAAUCCACAUCACUGUGAACAUAACACAAACAUUUAAUCUCAUAAAGUUGCAUA